UAUAAACUAAGCCCUAAAAUUAACUGUAAUGCUGCUCUCUCUAACCUAUCUGUCAACAUGAUGCCUCAGUUUUAAACCACCUGCUUCCUCCCUUCUUCACCUUCCCCCAAUCUCUCUUCUUCUUCUUCUUCUUCCUCCUUUCUCUCUCUCUUUACCCACUUCUUCAUUUUCUAACAUCACAAACAAACUGAAGAUAUUUAUCAGCAAAAGUUUUUUUUAAUCAUGGACGCCAAGUUCAAUUCCAACAAUCCCUUCAUCUCUGAACAAGAGGAAGACACUACACCGGAGAGUGGCUCAGAAUCUCCCCCUUCUUCUACUUUUAACGACAUGAAGACAACCUCUACUUCCUCCCCCAAGAAAAGCAGGCGAGCAAUUCAAAAGAGAGUUGUAUCAGUUCCCAUCAAGGACGUUGAGGGUUCAAGACUGAAAGGCGACAGCGCUCCGCCGUCUGAUUCUUGGGCAUGGCGGAAGUAUGGCCAGAAACCCAUCAAAGGUUCCCCUUAUCCCAGAGGAUACUAUCGAUGUAGUAGCUCAAAGGGAUGCCCUGCGAGAAAACAAGUAGAGAGAAGCAGUGUAAACCCCACCAUGCUAGUCAUCACCUACUCUAAUGAACACAACCAUCCUUGGCCGUUGCCUUCUAGAAGCCACCACCACAGCCACCACAAUACUAAGCAUGCUAAACCGGAGCCCCAGCCCGAUCCCGAACCGGAGGAGAAGUUCUCGGAUCUUGCUGAUGAUAACAAGCUUUUAUCGACUAGCGCCGACGAAUUCACGUGGUUUGGCGAGAUGGAAACCACCACGUCCGCCGUUUUAGAGAGUUCGAUUUUCACGGAGAGGAGUGUCAGCGAUUCUUCUGACAUGGCGGUGUUUUUUCCCAUGAAAGAAGAGGAUGAGUCGUUGUUCGCCGAUCUCGGCGAGUUGCCGGAGUGUUCGACAGUGUUUCGUCAUAGGAAUUUUGGACCGGAGGUCCAGAUCUGCUGACACGUGUCUGCUGGUAAAUUAUUCAACGGUGUGUGUACCGUGCGCUACAAGAAAACAGGAAAAAAACAAUCAGACAAAUUUUUUUCUUAAUUUUAUCUUUUUUAUUUAUUAAAUAUAUUUCUUCGCCUUGAUUUCAGUGUAGUAAAUGAAUAAAAUAAAGCCUCCGAUUCCAAAUUGUGUCGUGA